AGCAGUGAAUAGGCGUCGCCAUAGUGACAGGCUCCGGUAACGUGCAGAGUGACAGGGGCUUUCCCGACAAUCAAUAGAAACAUCAACAGCACAUCAACACAUUUUGUCAUUUUCAGUUUGCUUUAUUUGUCUCGAAAGCUGAUCUUUGGAUGGUUGCCAGAGAGAUCGUGUCUUCUUUUAUCGGAUUAUGGACCGUGAGCGGCCGCUUUAUCCUGGGAGGCCGAAGAUUUGUGCGGUUAGACGGGGAGGAGUCAGUCAAUGCACCGCUCGCGUGAACUGAAGCCAGGCCAUGAACAAUGCAGGCGAUUUAACAAAAACCCUCUCGAAGCAGUGCAAAGAACACACUCCCACAUUACAGGAUGAAUGUGGAAGUGAACGCUGGCAGGGGGGACACUUCCCGGAGGAGCACGGGCACAGAUGAUGCUGCAAGAGGAGGAAUGGAUCAUCAAGUGCUGCCAUUUGAGAUGUACGAUUCUGCAAGAGCCAAAGUAGCUGCGAACCUGCGCUGGUUGUUUGCCAAAGCCUUUGGUCCAGAUGACAUUCCUUCAGAUCUUCAAGACCCAUUUUAUACCGACCAGUAUGAACAGGAACAUAUUAAGCCUCCUAUCACACAUCUUUUGCUGUCUGCUGAGCUCUACUGUAGAGUGUGCAAUAUCCCUGUUCAACCAACUCCCCUUCAAAGGCACAAGUCUGUCAUUCAGGCCUUAUCCAGAAAGGGCUUAUAUGUCCUGGAAGACGACGAGACUCUGGUCUCUGAACUGGAUCUUACUUCAACUCCAAUUAAAAUGAGCUCUCAUAUUCAGCUCAUUGAUACCCUGAUGACAGGUUACACAGAGGAAAUGAUAAGUGUUGAAAAGGUGGUGUCUGCUGUGAAACGCUUUAUGGAAACCAGAGACAUGGUGUUGCCUUUGGACUUGGAAGAUGCUAUGAUGUUUUGGAUAAAUAAGGUCAUCAUUAAACUGAGAGGAUUCACUGAGAAAGAGCAGAAAAUGAAGCAUUUACUGGAUUCCUCUUGUCCUCAAAAGUGUCCCUCCAAAUGGUAUUGGAAACUUUUACCUGCACGUUACCGCAAGGAUCAGCAUUCUGGACAUCCUUAUCCACACUUGCCCAUCUUAGACAACUUUUCAAGUUUCGUCUGUGUUGGUAUUUCUCUGCUGGCUGUGGUCCACUUCUAUUGCCCUGAGCUGAUAAGGCUUGAAGACAUCUGUCUCAAAGAGAUUCCCUCCACUGCUGAGAGUUUGUCGAACAUUCAGCUCUUGAUGAACUUCUCAGAUGAAUUUCUGAACAGAUGUGUCUACCUCAGGCCUGAGGACAUGCUGUAUUCUCCUCCUGUGUUGAAGAUUAACAUCAUGCAGAUCAUUGCUGAAUUGUUUUGGAUUUUUGAAGUUGUGAAGCCUGAUUUUAUGCAGCCUCGAGACAUCCCUGAGAACAAAGAUGUAAGGAAACUACAAAGCUCAAAUACAUUGAAGCAAAGAUUUUGGACUUCAAAUUCUGAAAAUACCAUUACUAGAUCAACAGGCCCUCAAGGAAGUUUGAAUGCAUGUUCAAAUUCAUCUGUGCUUCCACUGUGCCAGAAAGAACAGAAAAUGAUUGAGGAUCACACUCUAGGGCAGAGAAACAGGUCCAGCUCAUUUGGCUAUGAAGAGCAUGCUACAAACUUUGCAUGGCCAAGGAAAACACAGAGGCCUUUAUCCCAAACAGUGCCUUAUGCUCUACAUUAUACCAUGAAGGAAAAUCCUGAUAGUUUUAGCUUUCCCCGCUCAUUGAGUAAAGACAGUUUAGCAUCCAACUUCAAGAGCACAAACCCAACACACAUGCUGGGUUCUGGACAUCCACGCAGACUGAGCGGACAUAACUUGUUAAAUUAUAUCCGCUUUGAAGAUGAGGAGGAAGAAAUAGAGGAGGAGGAGUUGGUGGCCAUUAUCAAUCCUACUACACUGUCUCGCCACCAUCAUCAGAGUGAAACAGAGCAGCGGGUAUUUUAUUCAAUGAGUCCCCCCAGAACAAAAACUACACACACCCCUGUUGGUUUGGAUAGAUACCCUAUUUCCACAGAACUGUCACCAGACACAUAUUUUCUGGAGCCUUUAAUGCCUGCAAUUCCAAAGCCAGCCAAAGAAAAGAGUGUCCUAGUGAAUAAGGAAGAGGAGAGUGGUGAGUCUGGCUCAAAAGGACCAUUUACUGUGAGAAAAACUCCGACCAGUGGCUCAGGUGCUCCUCACAGACCAACACUGCUGUAUGAGUCAAACUCUAGCUCCAGUGCUGGUAUUUCCUUGAGAGCUGUCACACAGGGCUCCACAGACCCUGUUGACCGAGAUAGCACAAAAGAAUCUCACGGAUUUUUUCUUCACUUGUCAGAAGCUCCAAACGAUGAUAGUCCUUUGUCUUCAUUGGGGGCCAGUAAUGACUCUGACAUCGAAUACUUCACUGAAGACAAUGAGGAUGAGCUGCAGUUAGUCGAAAAUAUGCCUCAAAGGAGGUAUUACAGAAAUAACCAGAGCCACUUUGGAGAAGGAGAAUCAAUCAAGCUGGGAGAGGACCAAAAAGUGAGCGAGUGUGAUGAUAAAGAGGACCAUAGUGAAUGCUCAAGUCCGUGUCUCAGCUCUGUGUCCUGGUCAAGCAGUGGGACUGGUGUCAAAAUGACAAGUUUUGCAGAAAAGAAACUGCUGAAACUUGGACUACAUGGUGGACUUCCUAGUACUAACAGCAGUUCAAGGACCACACCAGAUGACCCAGAGGCUUCCCCUUGUCUAUCCUGGCAACUGAAAAAAAGUGGGAGCUCUUACUCACUUGGUAAAGAGACCUGCAAAGAGUCCAGAAACAUUACAGUGAAUGCACCUUUAAACCCCAGUCCUAUAGCGCCAGCAGAACUCCUGGAGCUUCACAUGCAGCUGGAGGAAAGGAGACAUGCCAUUGAGUCUCAAAAAAAGAAGAUGGAGUCUGUGUCAGCACAACAACGACUUACGCUGGGAAAAGCAGCAUUUUUAAACAUUGUCAAGAAGGAACCAGGGAGAAGUGACACACUCCCAUUACCCAUAAAACAUGGAUCAUCAGAGCUAAGGGCUGCCAAUAAAAGAGAAAUAAAAACACAGAAUUGCAAGGAUGAUUCUUGCCUAGAGGAUUUAAAACUUAAGGCAAAAUUAAAUGAAGGAGCACAGCUGAUAAGAAAUAAUGAGUUGUCCCAGGACGCAGGACAGUGUUCACGCUCCAUAGAAGUACUUAAUGAAGCUAUUUCUUCAAUACAGCAGCAAAUAAUGCAAUUGUCCCUACAACAAGAUAUACUGAUUAAACAUCGCUCUGUGCUUCCUCCCAAAUUUCAAACUGAUUUUAGCACAACUCCCAACAUUACAUCCACGGCAUACCCUGCUAAAGAGUCCAAAGCUUUUGUUGUUAACUUUGUAAAUAAUGAUGACAGCAGCACCUCUUUGAGAUGCCCACCCAAACUUAGCUCCAGUCAGCGCAAAGCCUCCAGUCAAAAACAGAAAAUAGAGAAAAAAUGUUUGGUCCUAGAUAAAGAAUAUGAAGAAGAAAUAAAAGAGGUAGUUGAGACAUGUAAAACUGAGCAAGACAUAGUUAGAAACUGCUCCUGGAGCAUUUGUAAUGAUAUUAAACAGCAAUGUGUUAAACUCAAAGCCGGACAUUUGCCAGUUCCAUCACAUAAUCCAGUCGACUCAAGGAACCCUACAAUUGGACAAGAUCAAAACAGCAAAUCAGAGCUUCAAAGUCUUGAUUCAGAGAAUGAGGCUACUGUUGUGGACAGCAGUGCCAGGAUAAAGGCACAGCUUAUUGAGGUUCACCUGUCGGAGAUUAGAGAAGACACAGAGCAGAAUUCUGCUGAUGCGGAAACUGAACAGAAGAAUGCGCUGGGAUUCUUUUUUAAGGAUGAAGAGAGAACAGAUGAAAUGGCCAAGCGCCGGGCUGCCUUUCUCAUUAAACAGCAGCGUAAAGCUGAAGAGGCAAAACUUCGAAAACAACAGCAAGAAGCUGAAAGUGAAAUAAAGCGUGACGAAACAAGGCGCAAAGCAGAAGAAGAGCGCAUUCGUAAGGAAGAGGAAAAGGCCAGACGGGAGAUUAUUAAACAGGAAUAUCUGAGGAGGAAGCAGCAAAUGCUCAUGGAAGAACAGGGCCUGGUCAAGUCUUUGCCAAGGACAAGGUCCCGUAAAAGCAGACCCAAGUCUCUUCAUAGAGGAUCAAGCAGCGUCUCUAAAGGAGCCACCACAUGUGACCUGAGCAGUAGUCACCUUGGAUCCACACACUCAUUGGUCACUGAGGUUGAAAGUAUCAUUUCUGUGGAGUCUCAGUGUGCGGAGUCAGUCUGCUCAGUGGAGUCUUUCCCUGUCCUGAGCAGGACAUCAAGCAGGAACAUGGAGAGAGACUGGGAAAUUGGAUCCAUAACCUCUUCAAUCACUUCAGCAGAGUACACUGGUCCAAAAUUAUUCAAAGAGCCAAGCUCUAAAUCAAAUAAGCCAAUCAUCAUAAAUGCCAUUGCUCACUGCUGCUUGGCUGGCAAGGUCAAUGAGACACAGAAGAAUGUAAUUCUCGAGGAGCUGGACAAGUGUGAAUCCAACCAUUUGAUCAUUCUGUUUCGAGAUGGUGGGUGCCAGUUCCGAGCCAUUUAUGCAUAUUCCCCAGACACUGAAGAAAUCAGCAAAGUCACUGGCACUGGGCCACGCAACAUCAUCCAUAAAAUGAUUGAUAAACUGUACAAGUACAGUUCUGACAGAAAACAGUUUAGUAUCAUUCCUACCAAGUCUGUUUCUGUCAGUGUGGACGCACUGACCAUCCACAGUCACCUGUGGCACAUUAAGAGACCAGGCAGUGCACGCAGGAAGUGAAGGGCAGAUUUUGGAUUUAUCAUUGGUAUUGGGCUGGACCCAAUCAUAAGAACAAUGAAGUCGCAUUACAAAUUCAGACAAGGCUAAAAUCUUUUUUUGAGGGGCUGAACAAAUUAUUUAUGAACAAUUAUUUCUAACUUAUUCUCAAUUCUGUCUUUAUAGUACAUACUAGCUACAUUAUCUCCAUAAAUACAGCAACAGGAAAUACACAUUUUGCCUCAUGUUAAAUCAAAAGAAACAUUUCCAUGUGACCAGGUUACUGUUCAAAGGACACAACUCGCCUAAUCAUUUUUAAUGAAUAAUAUUUUGCUGCAAUUUGAACAUUUUUAGUAGCACAUUCAUUGUGCAUUUUUAAUUUUUACAAAUUAAUUGGAUUUAUGACGAGCACACGUGAAAAAAGAUACUAAAUUGUAGACUCGAAUUAUGAUUUUGUUCCCCACAACAUGUAAUCUGUACCCACGCUUUAGCCAAUUCAUUCCCACUAUGUUGCCAACAUGUACAAAUGUAUGUAUAGUACAUUGUAGUAUCUACAUGGCCAGUGUUGUUAAUUACUACUUAAAGCCACAUGGAUAAUUUGUUUAAAAACGCAGAUGGAGCGCUGUGCACCGCUCUAUGCUCAGCUGCAGAUGUACUAAAGGACAGGAUUUGAUGUAAUAUUUGUUGGGACAGAGCAGAGACUGCAGUCGAUGGUGAGUC